AUGUCCAAAAUAAAUCCAUUUUUUAUAACGAGAAUUCUCAAUAACACUGCAGCAGGUCACGGCCCCAACCUUGCAUUAUCCACUGCCUGUUCAACUGGUACUCAUUCGGUGGGUGAGGCUUUUCUUUCUAUAAAAAUGGGGGACGCUGAUGUAAUGGUAUGUGGAGGAACGGAGUCCUCUAUAUCUCCUCUCACUGUUGGAGGGUUUUCAAGGGCAAAAGCACUUUGUACUGAUUCGAACGAUUCACCUGAGACCUCAUCUCGUCCUUUUGAUUCUUCUCGAAGUGGAUUUGUUAUGUCGGAAGGUUGUGGAAUACUUGUUUUGGAACGAUAUGAUCUCGCAAUUAAAAGAGGAGCCAAGAUAUAUGGUGAAAUAAUGGGAUAUGGAAUGUCUGGUGAUGGAUAUCACAUUACUGCUCCUCUUCCUAAUGGUGAUGGGGGUUAUCGGUGCAUGAAACAAGCUUUGGAAACCGCUGGGAUUACCCCUGAUUAUAUCGGAUUUGUCAAUCCGCAUGCUACCUCAACUCCAUUGGGAGAUAGAGCUGAGAAUGCGGCGAUUAGGCGACUUUUUGGAGAUCAUGCAGUUAAUUUGCAGGUUGGAGCUAAUAAGGGAUCAAUUGGACACUCUUUGGGAGGUGCAGGAGCAAUUGAGUUGGCCUUCUCAAUUAAAUCAGCUGAGACUGGUUUGAUUCCUCCGUCAAUUAAUUUAAACAAUAUGAAUCCAAUUGACGAAUUUGUUCUCAAUUACGUCCCAAACAAGAUACAAAAAUGGAAAUAUAGGCAUAAUGGGACUGGAAAAUUGUUUGGUAUCAAAAAUUCUUUUGGAUUUGGUGGCUGCAAUGUCUCCAUUGUUUUUAGUAGUUUUUAG